AUGAAGCCUGUGCGUCUGCUUCAGCUCCUGCUGUUGCUGUUGACUCGUCUAGCCCCGCAGCUGGUGUCUGGAAGUCCCAAGCGACGUUCUACGAAGUACAUCUUGGAACCUCCACCCUGCAGAUCAGACCCUGAAAACUGUACUCAAUUCUGUAUAUUGCAGGAAGAUUGCCAGAAAGGACUGCAGUGCUGUUCUGCCUUCUGUGGGACAGUCUGUACAUUAAACAAAAAUGUGAACCACAAAAGUUUCUCCAGGCGCACCAGUAUUCCCAAAAGGUCAGAAGAGCCUUUUGUCAUCCAGAUUGCGUUCUCCUCCCAUAUGCCCCUCCUGGGGCUAUGUUCCCACCCUGGGGCAUAA